AUGGUUGCAUCAACAUUGACAUUGGAAGAACAAACAAAGAUCAACUUUAUCUAUGGCAACAGUAGUGUAGUUAAAGUUAUGACCACUGGUCAACUAUUCAAACGUAAUGGAUCAACAAGUGAAUGGGAGUACAGUGGUAUCGAAGGUGUAAUCUCAUUACAACUAAACAGAGUACAAAAGAAGUAUUAUAUUCGUAUUACCGAUCUUAGUAACUCCAAGACCAUAUUUGAACAAGAGAUCCAUAGUGAGUUCGAUUACAAGAAGGACACUGACGACUUCCACUACUUUGAGAGCGUCAACAAUGGUGUCUGUGGUCUAUCCUUUGCCAACAUCGACAAUGCCAAUGAAUUCCAGAGUAUUAUUCAGAAGAACAGGGAAGAAUAUGCCCAGGCAACACUGAGUAGGAAUAGCUCAAAGAAGAGCAGUAAUAAUAGUCAUAAUAAUAAUAGUAGUAGUUCAAAGAGUAGUAGUAAGAGUAGUAAACAUUCAAAGAAUCAUCAAGAACCAGCACCAGCUAUACGUGGACAGGAAAUUGGAUUACCUUACGAUGUAAAGCAUGAGAGUCAUAUUGGAUGGGACCAGAAUAGUGGAUUCGAGUUGAAGAAUAUACCACGCGAGUGGAUGGAAUUGUUUAAGAGUGCAGGUAUCAAGAAGAGGGAUCUGAUGAAUCCAGACACGGCCCAGUUCAUCUAUGAUGUGAUUGGAGAGUCUUUGAAUCAGCGGCCUGGUGCACCACCUCCACCUCCAGCCAAGCCACCCAGAACCAACAACAGCUUGCCGCCACCCCCGCCACCACCUGGUGGCGCUUCCAAUCGCCAGCCUCCAAUGCCACCACCUCCUGGAGCAUAUCGAAUGUCACAGAUACAGCCACAGCAACAGUAUAAUGGCGGCGACAUGUUGGAUGAACCAUUGAUACCCAUCCCUUCAUCGUAUCCCUAUCCGAAUCAACCGAAUAGGAAGCCACCUGGGGCAGGUCCACCACCUAUACCCAAUCAAAGACCUUUAUCAAUGAGCUAUGGAUCUGCUCAACCUCAACGUGUGCCGGCCAGUCCGCCUAUGCAUCAGGGCAUUCCACCACGACCACCAUCAAUCCAUCCAAACAAUGUAAAUAGAUCGACUGACAACCGAUCACCACCUCCACCCAUACCUGCGCUGAGGCCAUCGUCGUCUCCAGGCGGUCUGCCUCAGAGGCCAACAGGUGACAUGCAGUCGGCUCCUCGCAUAGUGUCACAACCACCACCUCCCAUUCCAGCCGCCCGUCCAACGUCGCCAAACAGCUUCGAUUCACGCGGCGCACCAUCCCCUCCAAGACCGAACGGAGCACCACCCAUCCCGUCCAGCCGACCAUUGUCUGUGGCACCCAACUCUAUUGCACCUCCACGAUCACCGCCACCCCCAAUGUUAUCGCCUCCCAGUAGCAUGUCCAGGCCGCCAAUGAUGAUGUCUCCACCACCUCCACCGCCUCCUCACAUGGGCAUGCACAAUCACAACAACGGCUAUCCAUCAUCCCCGCAACAAUACAGUUCGCCUCCUCCACCACCUCCACCACACAUGUCCAAUGGCAAUGGCAAUGGAUAUGGAUAUGGACAUGGACAUGGCCAACCACCUCCUCCACCUGGUCGUACCGCGCCACCACCUCCACCACCCGGAUCAAGACCGGGCGCGCCACCACCUCCACCUCCCGGAUCAAGACCGUCGAAUGCCCCGCCUCCUCCCCCACCUCCCCCCGCAUCUGGUGGCGGCAACUCACUGCUCGAUGCCAUUCGUCGUGGUAAGGAGCUCAAUCACGUCGACAGGAGUGCACCACUGCCACAACUACAAGAGAUUGAGGAGCCCGCUGGAAGAUCACUAGUAGACACACUCAGCAUGGCCAUGGCAGCACGUCGUAUGAACAUGCGUGAAGAGACAGUUGACGAAGCAGCCGAUGACGAUGACGAUGAUGACUGGGAUAUAUAA